AUGGCAUUUUUAAGGUUUGCAUUUAGAAACUCUUGGCGAUACUAUAGUCAGUCAACGCGGCACUUCCAUAAAAUCCCUGUAGGACGGCUGGUGAUACCUACAUCUGCUGCCCUAUAUCUAACACACGACGCCAUUUCAAAACAAUGCAGUUUGAUAUAUAAUGACUCUUUAAAGCCAGAUCCUAAAGGUGACACUUUCGAAAUGGGCCUCUACAUAUCUUCUGAAAAUGAACUGCAAGAAAAGAUCAAAACAUUUAGGUCUACUAAGAUCACUGGAUCGCGUAAUAAGCUAAUAAGGUGCCUAAGAAUUUUUUGGUUUGGCUUCAAUGAUAGAAUUGUUGAACCAAUAUGCACUGUUUUAAGAUUUCUAGAGAUUUCCGCCAUUUUUUUACCCGUUCUUUUAUUGUAUCCUAUAUCGUGGUUUGGCCAUAAUCUCAAAGUUACAGGUACCAAUAUAACUGAGACUCGCGGCUCUUUGGUAUGGUGUCAAUUACUGCGCAAGGCAUUGGAAUUGGCUGGUCCGAGUUUUAUUAAGCUUGGACAAUGGGCGGGAUCGAGAACAGAUAUUUUUUCUCAUGCCCUGUGUCAUGAAUUGGGCAAAUUGCAUAGCAAUGUAUCUGCGCAUUCCUUGAGUUUUACCCUUAAAAGGCUUUGCCAAUCAUUAAAAGUUGACAAGAUUGAAGAUGCCUUCGAUGAGUUCAAUCAUACGCCAAUAGGAGUUGGAUCCAUCGCCCAAGUUUACGUGGGCGAGUUGUCUCAGGAAUAUAUUGACAAAUAUGAUAACAUACAAAUCGGUAAGGACGGUAAUCGCUGGUGUGCAAUCAAGAUUUUACAUCCGAAUGUAAGGUCCCAAAUCCGAAGAGAUUUGAAGAUAAUGAAAUUUUUUGCUGACACAAUAAAUUGGAUCCCGACCAUGGAAUGGUUGUCUCUGCCCAAUGAAGUGGAACAAUUUUCCAUAUUAAUGAAUAUUCAGCUGGACUUAAGAAUUGAGGCGUUAAACCUGCAAAGAUUUAAUGAGAACUUCAAGAAUUCUAUUCAGGUGAAAUUUCCUAAACCAUUUCUCCCCUUAUCAAAUAGAGACGUUAUGUUUGAAGAGCAUGUAUAUGGUCUUUCUAUGGAAAAAUUUUUGUCCACAAAAAAGGAGCUUAAUGAUGUUGAGCUUUGUAAGAAGGUCAGCGAUCCUUUUGUUGACGCAUUUUUACAAAUGUUAAUCCUCGAUGAUUUUGUUCAUGCUGAUUUGCAUCCAGGGAAUGUUAUAAUUAGGUUCGUCAAGACGAACAAAUAUGGGACAAAUAUCAUAUCCUCUGAACUUGAAUCUUUCCGGAUUACACAUGCCUUAAGAAGAAAGGUUGAGGAACACGAAAAUCACGAUUUUGUUGCUGAGUUGAAGUCUAUAUUAACAAAUUAUACGCCCCAAAUAUGUUUCAUCGAUACUGGAAUAAUUACAGAACUGAAUGAAAAAAAUAGAAUCAAUUUCAUAGCGUUAUUUAACGCGUUGGCACGAUUUGAUGGUUAUAGAGCGGGCGAAUUGAUGAUUGAAAGGUCAAAAACCCCAGAAACAGCCAUUGAUAAGGAAGUGUUUGCAUUCAAAGUAGAAAAGUUAGUAGAUAAAGUUAAGCAAAGGACAUUUACACUCGGAACUGUUUCUAUUGGUGACUUGCUUGACCAAAUGUUAAGUAUGGUAAGAUCACAUCACGUUAGAAUGGAGUCUGACUUUGUUUCCGUGGUUGUUGCUAUCUUACUCCUGGAGGGGAUUGGGCGACAGUUAGAUCCAAAUUUGGAUUUAUUCGAAAGUUCGCUUCCUAUAUUACGUGAGUUUGGUUUUAAGCGCGAAGCCAAAAGUCUCUUAAAGGAUGCAAGCACAUUAUCAAUGCUCAAGAUAUGGGUUGGUUUAGAAGUGCGUCAAUUAAUGCAUCUUUCCAUGAAACAAAUCUAUGAUCUUGUCAGGACGGACCAAUUGUGUCCUAAUUAUUAA